CUAGUUAAGUUAUUUGCCUUGUUCCUGUUCGCGCUUAGUUCAAAACAAACACAACUUCGAAAGCUGCAAUAUUAAAAUGAACCGUGAUACACCCGAUAAUGAGUGGGAACUUAGUAAAGAAAAUGUUCAGCCCAUUAGACAAGGCAGAAAACUGUCGAGUUUAAACGCGGGACUAAAACAAUACGGCGGUGUAGAAGAUCAGCAAAUUAAAGAAGAGAAACAUUUCUUUGAGACAGAACUGAGAACAUAUUGUGGUGCUGAUCCAAUAGAAGUGUGGUACAGGUACAUAUUAUGGGCGGAGCAGACAUUUCCGCGGGGCGGGCCAGAGUCUGUGCUCACCAAGUUGCUGGAGCGCUGUGCCCGCCAGUUCAAGGACACAGAGAGCUACCGAAAUGAUGAGAGAUACAUCUAUGUCUGGAUGAAAAUGGCAGAUAUGUGCAACGAGCCCUUGGAGAUGUACAAUUUCAUGUAUGUACAGAACAUAGGGUGUGAGCUGGCGUGUUUCUAUGAGGGCUGGUCAUCCAUGCUGGAGCAGGUUGGCAACUUCAAGAAGGCUGAUGCAGUGUUCCAGAUGGGGCUAACUAAAGGGGCCCAACCACUGGACACCCUCAAGCACAAACAUGAGCAGUUCCUGCAGCGUGUUGCCCGGCGUGUGGCCACCAACAUGGACUCUGGUCAGGACUCAGCCAGCCCCCCUCCGGAGGCAGAGGGGCAGCACCGCCAGGUUCUCUCUCAGCUGAGAACCCUUGGCAAGCACAAACAGGCACCUGUCAACAGGGCUGGAUCUGCUAUACGAGGCAGUGCUGGUGUGUUGGCUGGUGGCAGUGUUGCCCGGGCCAGCUUCAAUGUGUCUGGUUGUAGUAUCAAGGUCUACACCGAUGAGAACCAGCCAGCCAGUGUGCUACCCCCCCCAGACAGGCCAAUACAGCACAGGGCCCCAAAGGCAGGACAGUGGCACAAACACAAAUUGAAGUCAACGAGCAUUGUUCCUGUGUCAGAGGUUCUUCCCUUCACAGUGCAUGUGGAUGAUGAGGAUAAGAACCUCAGAACUCCAGCAAAGGUACCUGAUAUUGGAAAACAGGUGUUAAGUUCGAGGAAAGAAGAGAAGUCAAGCACCAGCGACUAUCUACAGACGAUGUCUGGGGCCACCAGUGUGGAGGAGCGUCAUGAGAGGCCCAUGUACUGCAAGAGCAAGGUGUACUGUGGCCUGGAGGAGUUCAGUUUUGAGGAGUUACGGGCCAUGAUGUGGACACGCAAGCAGCACCAGGCACAGGAGAGGGCUCUCACAGAGAUGCGUGAGAGGCUGGAGAGGGAGCGGUUGCAGCUCCUGGAGGAGGCAGAGCGUAUCCGUGCCCAGCGCCUCACACUGCAGCAGGAGGAGCAGGCCAUGUUUGAUGAGGCCAAGAGGAAGAGAGCAGAGAUCAAACAGCAGUUACUCAGGGAACGUGAGCAGGAGGAGAAGCGCCACCAUCAGGCUGUCUCUGACACCAUCCAGAGCCGUGUACAGGAGCAGCAGGCUGUCUCUGACACAAUCCGGAGCCGUGUACAGGAGCAGCAGGCUCGCACCCAGAGCUUCUCAUCAGCAGCUAAAUCUAGUUCCAGACAGCAGUUGGUUUUCUGCGACAUCACCACGAAAGGCAACACGGAGAACAUCCAGCCAGCUAAGUCAAAGUAUCUGCCUUCCAAUGGAUGGACCAGCACACAGCAGGCUGGGAAUAGGGAUUCUAGUUGUUCAGGGAGUCAGUACCCACAGUCUGCCCAGGCAGGGAACCAGUACCUACAUUCUGCCCAGGCAGGGAACCAGUACCCACAGUCUGCCCAGGAAGCGAACCAGUGUCAGCAGACUGGCUCCAACAAGUUUCCACUGACUGGGUCUGGUGUUAGCAGUCAGAUCACAGAUGGUAGACGGAAUCACAGUCUAAACUCCAGUAAUCCAACUCCAAACUCUGUGCACAAUGCCAACAGCUUUGAAAGGACAAUGCAUGGUGGGGCGUCGCCCACAGUGAAUACCAAGGAGGCCCUGCAGCUUGUGAUGGGCAUGUUCAACGGCUCCCUGGAUCUGGAGCACUGCAAGGAACCAGACACCAGUCAAAUUGACACACAGGACAUCCCCAGUCAUGGGGCUGGUAAAGGCAGCUUGCCAUUCCAAAUCUAUGAUGAGUCCGAGGUGAAGUCAGUGCAACCUAGUGUGUCAAUCGGACAGACCUGUGCCCCUGUGCCCUUCCAGAUAUACGAUGAAUCUGAGGGAAGGCCAACCCCAAAACAACAAAGUGAUUCCAUGGGAAAGCCUAUCAAAUCGGUCCCAUUCCUGAUAUUUAUGGAAGAGAACACUGCCAGCAGCUGCAGCAGUAUGAACCAGUCCCAGAAUGUGUCUGUGAGGAGGCAGCGUGUGAAGACUGCCAGUGGGACAGACCAGGACUCCAGUCAGCGUCUCCAGGACAGAGCACUGUCCAUGACUCGUCCCUUUUUUGAUGAUGAUGGUAUUGAGUCUCAGCCCCGAGACGAUGUGACCCUUGCCCCUCUGGGCUCACACCUGAGCUUUGCAGAGGCAGCACGGUUUGCAUCCACACCCUUCAACCCCAACAGCUCAGGUAGCAGGGCCAGGAAGAUACCAGACCUUGAUGAGAGCGCAAUGGAGGUGAAUGAUGGUGAUGACCGGGCAGACAUGAGUGGUGUGGAGUUCCAGGGGCUGGCAAUCAACCCCCCAGUCCCCAGCACACACCCUGCAUUGGUCUCCAGCACAGACCCAGUCAUGGUCCCCGGCACGGACCCCACCUUGAUGCCUGACACACACCCUGCCUUGAUCCCCAGCACACCCCCCACGGACACAAGGGAACAUUCACUCAACUUGUCGUCUAACGCAUUCAUGAAAGAUCUUAGUCCAAUCAUGGAGGGUUCCUCUGAGGACUCAAGUGCCAGCAGUAAGCAGGCUACACUGCACCAUACGACGAUGGAGGCCCGCAGCAGGCUGCACCUCACUCCUGUAGCAGACCAGACUGAGAACACGAGCGUAUUGUUGGCAGCUGCUGCGGAUGCAGUCAACGAGACUGCACACGAGAUUGACGUCACAACAUACAUACCCCCUGUGAUUGAUGAGAAAACAGAACAGCUUGUGCCCAUGUCCAUUUGCAUUGCAGACAGCAAGGAUCCAUUUGAUAGAGCUGAGAAAGACAAAAUACUGGCUGCCUUGAAACCUCCAUUGCAUCAUUAUGAUAACUAUAAUGCACUGGACGAGGUCAUCCCAAAUAUUAGGAAGAACGGCUAUGUCAGCUUAGGUCUGCGGGUGUUUGAGAUAGAGGACAAGGUGGGGGAGGGAGGCUUUGCCAAGAUAUUCCGUGCUGUGGACACCAACGACUGCUUUGACACUGUCUCCAUUAUCAGUAAUUACGUGACUAAAAAGCUGGCCAUCAAGGUAGAGGAGCCUGCUCAACACUGGGAGUUCUACAUCUGUACAGAGCUGCACAGGCGCCUUGCCAAACUGAAUGAUCCUGUAGAUGUGCGUCCAGCAGUCAUGAACAUUGAAGACGGAUAUUUUUUCAAAAAUGGCAGCAUUUUAACAUCAGAAUACCAGCCCUAUGGUACAAUUCUGGACAUGGUGAACAAGAGCAAAAAGAAUUUUGAGCACAUGGUAGGCCAGCUGGAGCCAGUGAUGGUGUACAUGACGGUGGAGUUGCUGCAUCUUGUGGAGAACCUGCACCGCUGUCACAUCAUACAUGGAGACAUCAAGCCUGACAACUUUCUCAUCCUGCCUUUCCCUAGGGUUCCGGAGAGUGAUGACCCCCAGGUGGUGUUUGGAGGCUGCAGUCGCUUUGUGCAGCUCAUUGACUUUGGGCGAAGUAUUGACAUGAGCAGGUACCCUCAUGGCACCACCUUUCACACCAAGGUGAACACAGACUGCUUUCAGUGCAUUGAGAUGAAGACUAAUCGACCCUGGACCUACCAGACGGACCUGUUUGGCCUUGCAGGCACCAUCCAUGUGCUGCUGCAUAGCCAGUACAUGAAGGUUUACCAGGAGGCAGGCGUCUGGAAAGUCACCUCAAGCUACAACAGAGGUUGGCAUUCUGACUUAUGGAAGAAGCUGUUCACUGAACUACUGAAUGUGCCCAGCUGUAGUGAGCUACCGGACCUGGCUGAGCUGAGACAGGAGUUUGAGCAGUUCUUUGUGACAGACCUCCUCCACAAGUACAACAGACUGUGUCCCAUGUACAACAAGAUUGUCAAGGGCUCUUAGUGAGCACGCCCUGAACAUGUUCAAGGCUAUUGCACCUGUGUAUGAACUAGUAUUAUAAUGUAUAUACAGCUGAUUUGUAUUAACAAAGUUGAAAUUCUAGUUACUAGAUCAGGAAUGGUAGGCAGCAUCAAACAGAUGGUUUCUGAUCAAUGUCUUUAGUUUGCAUUUGUUUUUGAGUCUUAUCAUGCUCAAGGUCACUGUUCUUAAAAUACAAAAAUGGUUUCUGCUCAAUAACUUCAGUAUAGAUGAAAGUAUUGCAAUUAAAUUGUAUAGGAAGCUUACAUGCAGACUUGGCAUGGAAUUGCCUUUGGGUCAUUAGGGACAAUAGCAGUCACUAACUUAUGUUUGUAGUUACCAAUACUGAUAAACCUUUGAUACUGCAAGCUUGCAAGGAGACCCAUCUAGGGAUUGAAUUUUGUUAGAUAGAGGUAUUGCACAGACAUUGUGUGUCUGUAGCUUCCAUGCAUACUUAGCUUGGGAUUGCAUUUAUGGGAUAGUGGGUCUAGGUCACUGUUUGCUUGGGAUUGCAUGUAUGGCAGUGGGUCUAGGUCACUGUUAGCUUGGGAUUGCAUGUAUGGCAGUGGGUCUAGGUCACUGUUUGCUUGGGAUUGCAUGUAUGGCAGUGGGUCUAGGUCACUGUUUGCUUGGGAUUGCAUGUAUGGCAGUGGGUCUAGGUCACUGUUUGCUUGGGAUUGCAUGUAUGGCAGUGGGUCUAGGUCACUGUUUGCUUGGGAUUGCAUGUAUGGCAGUGGGUCUAGGUCACUGUUAGCUUGGGAUUGCAUGUAUGGCAGUGGGUCUAGGUCACUGUUAGCUUGGGAUUGCAUGUAUGGCAGUGGGUCUAGGUCACUGUUAGCUUGGGAUUGCAUGUAUGGCAGUGGGUCUAGGUCACUGUUAGCUUGGGAUUGCAUGUAUGGCAGUGGGUCUAGGUCACUGUUAGCUUGGGAUUGCAUGUAUGGCAGUGGGUCUAGGUCACUGUUAGCUUGGGAUUGCAUGUAUGGCAGUGGGUCUAGGUCACUGUUAGCUUGGGAUUGCAUGUAUGGCAGUGGGUCUAGGUCACUUUUUGCAUAAUUAAAGUUAACUUGUAAGUUGAACGCUGACUACCUGGUUUUGUGUCAUGGCCAUACUAUUUGUAUUCAAUUUGUUGUUCUGAAUAAUUGUCUUAAUAUUAUAUGUUUAAACUGCAUGUAUAAAUGGAUUUCUAUACUAACACAUCAAGCAUGUUUCAACUUUGGCACCGUUUACUUUGAUUCAAUAUUAAAACGUCAUUAUAUA